UGCCCUGUCCGGAUGAAACGUACAUAGUCGCAGAAACAUCCACACAAAGUCAUCAUGUGAAGCGCCUCAUUGGCGGGCGUUGGGAACACGUCUCUUGCCUUGUUAUACUGAACUCGUUCAGAUUCUACGGUGCGCUGGUCAAGUGUGACUGAAUCCUAAUGGCGCAACCACAGCUGAGCAACCUCGUCCGUCUCGCGCCCUUACAAGUCAGCGACCUUCCUUCGCAUCCCGACCUACCCUCUGCGCACGGCGAUCUAGCCACGUUUCUGAUCUCCCUUCUCGACGACGGCACAGCCUUCUUGUCCCCCUCGAACUUCACGCAGUCCUUCAAGUCCCAGUCCACCAAGACAUCCGCGCCGUCCGCCGCACGCGUCGAGAUCCAUACACACAGCGUACCCGCCUCGUCUCUGGCACAAGUUGCCUGGUCAGAGUCUGGUGGGGGCAAAGUCGCGCGCAGUACUCCCAAGAACUUGGGCGCAGGUGCAGAGCACUGGUUCGCCCGCCGCAGCGUGCACAAGGACAUAUCGAGUAAAGACCCCUCUAGCCCAGGCCACGCACGGUUCGCCGAGUUCGUGUACGGUCUGCGCGACGAGCAUAGUAAGCAUGAAGCGGACUUUACUCCGACACUGUACGAUGCGCACUGUGUGCUUGACUGGAAUUCGGCCGUGCAAGACUUAGAACAAAGAGGUGGGGUAGGACGGUAUAAGACGUGUACAUUGGGCAUCUACGAGAUGUGUCAUGCUAUCCCCCCGCCACUGAGUCCGCGGUGUUUCAGCGUUCUUGUAGCGACGGCGAGUGUGGAUGAGGAUUCAUUCGUCGCGGUUACGGUGCCUGUGGACUUGGGGGUUCAUGGGUUCUAUAGUUCGGGAAAGAACGUCAAGGAAGGAAAAGACGCGCAGUCGCGGAAACAGGUGUGUAUGGGGGUCUAUGCUGCUGUUGAGGUUGUGAGAAGGGACCACUCUGAAGGGGAGGUUGAGUGGGUCAUGGCGACGGCGAGUGAUGCUAAGGGGAAUUUGCCCAUGUGGAUGCAGAAGAUGAGUUUGCCGGGUGCGAUCGCGAAGGACGUUGGGUUGUUCUUGAAAUGGAUCAAAACAGUGGAUGAUGGAAAGAUCCAACGAGUUGAUGUGCCAGGGGGGGAGGCUGCUACAAUGAUAUAGGGAUGUUGACAGGACCCGGAAACAGGCUGAAGGUGUAUGAUUUUAUAGAUGGGAUAUAGACACAACGCUGGGGAUGUGACAAGGCCUGAAUAGAUCGCAAUUUCGGCGGGAAGAGAACAGCUUUCAUAAGCAGCUUCAUGCCAUGCCGACCUUACUUACCUCGUGAAGACACU